AUGGACUUCUUUAUGGCCUUUCAUCAGGCUAGACCACAUAGAGAUCUCCCUGAUCUGUCAAUGUAUGUACAUAAUUCUAUUUUAGAGGAGGAGAAUGAUUGCCUCCUUCAGCUCCCUUCAAUCCAAGAGGUAAAAGAAGCCAUGUUUUCUAUUCCGGUUGAUAGUAGCCCAGGCCCUGAUGGGUUUGGUCACGUUUCUAUAGAUCGUGUUGGGACAUUGUUGAAAAUGAUGUGGUGGCAGCAAUUAGGGAGUUCUUCAGUGGGUCUCCGAUGCCUAGAUUUUAUUCGGCUUCUCAUAUUAUUGUCUCCAAUAUUGAGCAAAAUCAUUUCGCCUGAACAAGGUGCCUUUUUGCCUGGAAGAAAUAUUUUUGAUAAUGUUAUGUUGGCACAAGAGAUGAUUCAAAUGAUCAACAAGAAGGUUCGAGGUGGUAAUAUGUUCAUAAAAGUGGAUAUGGCUAAGGCGUAUGACAGCAUUGAUUGGGAUUUUUUAUUACAUGUGAUGAAAGCUUUUGGGUUCUCCUCUCGGGAGAUCAUUUUAUCGCCAUAUUUGUUUAUUCUGGUUGAAGAAACUCUAUCCCGUUUGUUGAAACAUAAUUUUGCUAUUGGAAAAAUUGUUUCGUUCUCUCAUCCCCGUGGCACUCCUUUGAUUUCUCACCUGCUUUAUGCUGAUGAUAUUGUGGUCUUUUCCAAUGGUGGGAGAUCUUCCUUGAAAGCUAUCAGAGAUGUUUUUGCGCUUUAUGAAGAUUGGUCGGGUCAGAUGUUAAAGACAUCGUACUUUGAUGAUCUCUUGACUCGUGUUCGAGGUCGUUUGGAUGGUUGGCAAAAUAGAAUUUUAACUGCUGGUGCUCGUCUCCUGCUAUUGAAACAUGUUGCGUUGAGUAUUCCUAUGCAUUUAUUGUCGGUCCUCUCUACUCCCAAGACUGUGGUGUCUUCUCUAAAUAGACUCAUGAGUAAUUUUUUUUGGGGCUCUUCGAAUGGGAAGCAAAAGCAGAAGUGGGUGGCUUGGCAAAAGAUCUGCUCCCCAACUCUAGAAGGGGGACUAGGUUUACGGAAACUAGAGGAAGUUCAAUCUUCGCUAUUCAUGAAGAUGGCUUGGAAUCUCUUGACCCAAGACUCGCUUUGGGCUAAUUCUUUCAAACAUAAGUAUUGCAAAGGAAACCAUGUGACUUUGGUGGAUAAUCAUAAAGGUUCUUCUCUAUGGAAAAGCAUAAUUAAUAUGGUUCCGAAGGUGCUUAGUCAUGCUUGGUGGUGUAUCAAGGAUGGACAGGUGUCCUUUUGGCGAGAUCCUUGGUUAAAAUUAGGUCCUCUUGUGGUGUCAUGUGACAUCUCUGCGCAGCCUUCGUUAAAGGUUAGAGAAUGCCAAAUUCAGAAUGGUUGGGAUGUGGAUUUGUUAAAAGAAUUGGUGGGGGAGUCAAAGCUGGAGGAAAUUCUAGAUGGUCUAGGGGAAAAUAAAGAAGGUGUAGAUGUGUUGAUUUGGAAACCGACUUUGAAUGGGAAAUUCUCAUCUAAGUCGGCCUAG